AUGGGAAAUAAUCUGAUAAUGCAGAGAUUCUUUAAGACUCAACCAGCUCGUGAACGUGAACGUGAACGUGAGCAACUGUCUCCACCAACAGAAGACUCACUCUUUGUCAAUGACGAGUCCGAUCACGAAAUCACCUCAGAGAUCUCUAGCGAUCCCAGUACCAUAAGUCGAACUUCCCCUGAAAAGUCGAUACCACAAGAAUUAUUCGAAAGUCAAAUUACAAACACUAUAGGCCAUGUACCGUCUAGAUCAUUGAGGUACCUCUAUGAGAAAUAUAAGCAUGAUUCCAAGAAUGUUAGACAUGCUAUUAAUGAAUAUUUAAAUGGAAUAAAUCCUGAAGAUAUAGAUAAUUUACUUCAAGAUAGCACUACUACUACCACCACCAAAAGACCAUUAAGUUCUUUAGAUCUCAAUUCGCAACUUGAAUUAGUUCAUAAUCAAAUGCUGACUAUAUCUAAUACUAUUCAAAAGAAUAACAUUAACAAUAUUGAACAAUCAAAUGAUGAAUGGACAAGAUUUAUUGGAUCAUUAGAUGUUCAAGCCUGGGCUACACGGCCAACUAUGAAACCAUUAAAUUAUGCUGAGAAAUUACAAUUGAAACGAUUAAUCCCUAAGAAUUCAACCAUUGCAAAUAGUUCAAUUAUUAGAUUAUGUACUAUAGGAGAAUAUAAUCGAGAAAUUGGUAGAAUUCCUGAAGAUUUAACGAGAAUUUUAUCUCCGUUAUUUGAUUUAAAUAUUGCUAAAUUUGAAACAACUAUAUUAGAAAGUACCAAGCGGAGAUUAUCUACGGGAGAUUCAUUUAUUAUACAAAUUGAUAUCUUUUUAAAGAGUACCGCUUUUGAAUUACAUGAUGAACUUGAAUUAAAUUUAUCAACUCAAGAUACUCAUCCUGCUAAAAAGCUUAAGAUGAAUUUUAACUUUUCAACUGAAAGUGCUGGAGAGGCUACUUUACGAUUACGACAAUUUGCAUUAUCUAAAUUAUUUGAAAGAUUACAUAUUAGACCUCUUAGAAUAUCUACCAAUGUUAAUAGUAACAAUGAUAUUGAAUAUCUGGAAGAAGAUCUAACUCAAACUCAAACACAGACACAGGAGAGUAGUAACAGUAAUAGUUCACAACCCAUUACGGUCAACUUAGACUCAGACGAAGAGGAUAUAGAUCAAGUAGCAAUUCAACCGGUGGAUGAAGUGAAUCUUGAUCAAUUAAAACAAUUCUAUCAACAGAAUAAUCAAUCCAAUCUUCUUAAUAACUUACCGGAAUCAACUAUGCCUCCGUCAACUAAUUUCAAAUUAGAUUUAAGACCCUAUCAGAAGGUGGGCUUAUCAUGGAUGAUUCUUCGAGAAGGCGAGACUUCAGUAUUGCAGGAGUUAUCUAAUGAUUCCAAUUUCGAUGUAAAGGAUUAUACUGAUGAUGGAAUAAUGAAUCCGCUCUGGAGGAAAUACCGAUGGCCUAAGAAUAAUAACAACAAUAUCAACAAUGAUACUAUUGACUAUCCGUACUUCUAUGCUAAUAUGUAUAACGGAGAGCUAUCCCUCGAGAAGCCGAUUAUAAAGGCUUCUAGGAAAGGAGGCAUAUUAUCAGAUGAAAUGGGGCUAGGCAAAACCAUCUCUGCAUUAGCAUUAAUCAAUUCUGUACCUUAUGAUACAUCUUAUAGACCACCAUCAACAAUAUCCAAAACUCCCUAUGCGUCUAAAACCACCUUAAUUGUAGUGCCCAUGUCAUUAUUAACUCAAUGGAAAUCAGAAUUCGAUAAGGUUAAUAAUAAUCCUAAUCAUUAUUGUCAUAUUUAUUAUGGGAAUCUGACGGAUUCUCAUUUAAGUUCUACCUUAAUUAAUCACUCCUCUAAACAUAUCCCUAUUGUAGUAUUAACUACUUAUGGAACUAUUCAAAAUGAAUACAUUAAAAUGAUGAAACGAGAAUCUUCAUCGAGAGCAUCACGAGUGGGGAUCUAUUCAGUAAGUUAUUUCCGAAUCAUCUUAGAUGAAGGUCAUAAUAUUCGGAAUAGAAAUACAAAGACUGCUAAAUCGAUAUAUGAACUUGAAUGUUCAAGAAGAUGGAUCUUAACUGGAACUCCUAUAGUUAAUCGAUUAGAUGAUUUAUAUUCAUUAAUUAAAUUCUUACAAUUAGAUCCAUGGUCGAAUUUCUCAUAUUGGAAAACGUUUAUAACUUUACCAUUUGAACAAAAGAAGAUUAGUCAAGCCUUAGAUAUUAUUAAAUCAAUUCUUGAUCCAAUCUUUCUUAGAAGAACUAAAAAUAUGAGGGGUAAUGAUGGGAAACCAUUAGUUGAAUUACCAGAGAAACAAGUGAUUAUUGAAGAAAUCAAAUUUAAUGAAAAGGAAGCUAAAUUAUAUAAUUGGUUAAAGACUAAAGCUCAUAAUACUUUUAGUGAAGGAUUAAAAUCUGGGCAAUUACUUAAACAGUAUACGCAAAUCUUGGCUCAUAUCUUAAGAUUAAGACAAGUGUGUUGUCAUAUGGAUUUAGUGGGUGGACCCAAUGAAAUGGAUAUGGAAGAAGCAGAAGCAGCAGAAGAAGCCCCUGAUGAUGAUACAAAGAAAUUUGUUAAGGAUGUGACUGAACAGAAGGUAGGAUUCUUAAACGAUACAGAAGUUAGACAAGCCAUGUAUAAACUCUAUGAUAAGGUUAAUUUAGAAGAUUCAGAAUGUUCUAUAUGUACUCAAAGUCCUAUUUCAAUAGGAGAAAUGGUUAUAACUCCUUGUGGUCAUACAUUUUGUAUGACAUGUCUUAUCGAACAUAUUGAAUUUCAGGAGAAACAAGAUAAUACUAUUGACAAUCGAUGUCCGAAUUGUCGAACUAUAAUCUCCAAGUAUAAGUUAUUCCGAUUACGCAAUAAAGUUACCAGUUCAAAAGAUGUACGAUUCCAUACUGCCACACAGAAAUCUAUGCUUAUAGAUGAUAAUUAUGAUAAGAAUGAAGAUCUCAGUAAGAAUUAUACCUUUCAGUUAUAUUUGUAUAACCCCGACAAAACGUCUUCUAAGAUCCAGGCCUUAUUCAAUCAUCUCCGAAUCCUUCGAGAUCAAAGUCCAGGACAAAAAGUGAUUGUGUUCAGUCAAUUUCUGUCAUAUUUAGAUAUAAUUGAGAAUGAACUUAAGCUUCAAUUAGGAGAAGCGGAAUUCUUCAUAUUGAAAUUCGAUGGAAGACUUCUGAUGAAUGAACGAGAACGAGUACUACAGAAGUUUAAUGAUAAUUCAACUUAUCCUCGUACUACGAUCUUAUUAUUAUCAUUAAAGGCAGGAGGUGUAGGACUUAAUUUAACCCAAGCAUCUCGUGCUUAUAUGAUGGAUCCCUGGUGGUCCCCCAGUAUUGAAGAUCAAGCCAUUGAUAGAAUUCAUAGAAUAGGACAGAAUGAAACGGUUAAAGUAGUUCGAUUUAUUAUGGAGAAUAGUAUAGAAAUUAAAAUGUUAAAGAUUCAAGAACGGAAGAAACAGAUUGGAGAAGCGGUGGGAGUUGAAGAGGAAGAACGAAGAAAGAGACGAAUAGAAGAUAUCAAGAUGCUUUUUGAAGAAUGA